AAUUAUUCUGAGUUAUGACAGCCAACAACGGCACAAGUUUAAGUGACACAUAAAUGGUUGUUGUUCUCCACUGGAUCACUCGUUUAGGCAGUUUUUACUUGACUCUCGAGACCAGAAACAGAAAACAGGCAAUUAGAAUAAUCAUGGCACCGCCCAGAUGUUGCACAGGAAAACUGUGGAUACGCCGAUGCAAGUGAAAACACUGGAGACCGGAAAUUGAAAACCGUCUAAUCGUGGAACACUUCCGCGUUCAGGAAAAACAGUAACAUUUGUUUAACUGGCUCAUUGCUCUAGUAUCUGGUUUGUGGCAUCUGUUAUAAUCUUUGAAGACUGUCACUGAAUGUUAGCUUAACAAUAAAAGUGACCAAUAUCUUCUUCUUUUAAUUUUAGACGCUUUAAGGCUUCACAGUGUGAGUAACGUGUGAAAAAUACUGUAUGUCGAGACAUUCACUGACUUGUGGACGCCACAAAAGGGCGUGUUAUUGUCCAGCAGAUGUCUCUCUUUUACUUUUCAACAGUGCAUCUUUUGUCACGUUAUCGAGUUAGAUAACACUGUUGUACACGCUGACAUUAAGUUAUUUAAAAGUCGGUUUAUAUAUUUGGCAGAAUUUAACCAAAGUGACAGUACUCGCUACGUAGAAAUAUAUAAAGGGUUUUUAAAGUGUUUGUAGCACAUUGUGUAACUAGCUACUUUAGCAAUUCUAGCUAGCUUGCUAACUUCAUAAGUUAUCUCUAGCUAUAUAAUUACAAAGUGAAAAAAAAAUUGGUAACAUAAAAAAACGGAAAUACCUUAAUAGUUUAUACUCUGUGGAUAAAAAUAUGCCUCUGCUGGGAAAUCACAAGAUCUUGCGUAUUGUUCUCAUUGUCCUUUCUCAAUUUGUUUACAUCACUACUUUGAUUAUCAACGCACUCGCAGGACCGGGAAAAGGCCCAUUUCAGCACAGUACAGGAAAUGUGUCAGGGAGGUAUGACACACAGAUCACUCCUGCUGGAUGGACCUUCUCCAUAUGGGCUCUCAUCUAUUCCUGGCUCUUUCUGAUGAACAUUUAUGUCCUGACUUGGCUCUGCAGAGGGUUGUACUCAAGCCCAGCAAUCCUGCCCUCUGAAUUCUUUCUCUCAUGGAUCAUCAACAUGAUUCUAAACAGCACCUGGCUUGUCUUGUGGGACCGAGAAUUGAUGAUCCCUGCACUGAUAGUUCUAGCUCUGAUUGCUUUUACCAACUACCUGUUGAUCCUCUUCUCUUGUAUUGGUCUUCGGGCUCAUGGAUCAUGGCUCAAACAGAACCACCCAAAAGACCUUGUCUGCAUCAUAGUGCUGGUUCAAAAUGGUAUUGCCAUUUAUGCAACAUGGACAACCAUUGCCACACUACUCAACUUCACAGUUGUGUUGAAUUUGGCAUCAGUUUCUGCAACAAAUGCGGCUACAGCUUCUUUAUGCCUUCUUCUGUUGGAAGUAAUUAUAUGGUUUAAUUUUGAAAACUUUGUAAUAGAGAAGCACGUCCGUUACAUCCUUACCGUUUACCCUGUCAUUAUCUAUGCUCUAAUUGGAAUCUUAACUAAGCAUUACGAUGCAUCAGCUCCUGGCCGAAAUGCAGUCUUUUCAGUGGUGCUUCUUGUGAUGACCUGUAUUGUGUUAGUGGUUCGGGUGGGGCUGGUGGUUUGGAGACACUGGACUCUGCCUCUCAUCCAUGAAGUCAACUCUGAGGUCCUGAUGUCACCAAAUAGCGGCACUGAAAAGUAACAAUGUGUGUGCUCUUAAACGCUUAAGUGCUUCUCGCAGAACAUCAGAGAUAACUUGUCCUGAACAAUAACCCCUGCAGGUGUGCAAUACCUGGAUGAAUGUUUUUCAGCCUUGACAAAAGCUUUAGAAAUGCAUGUUACUGUAUCUGUCGUCAGUUAAAUGUAAAAGUGGGCUGAAAUUGCAAAUGGCAGCAAUUUAGUAUCUAUUUUGAGCUUGAGCCGUGCCAAAUUUGGAAUCAUAAUUGUGCUUUUUGUGGUUAUGUGAUGUUCUAUACUGUAUUGUGUAUAUACAAUAACUAAUACUGAACACUAACCUGUGUGCGUGACCAUAAAUAUCAGUAUUAUACCUAACUGUAAUUCUGAUUGCUACUUUACAUACUGUAUAUUACAAAGGUUAUGUAUUAUGUAUUUAUUUGUUAGCACUACCAUAGUAUUUUGAUACAGAUUGCAAUUUUCAUUGAUUCUUUUAUAAAGACAAAGUGUAUACAUAAAAUUUUGAAGGAAUAUUCUGUGUUCAAUACAUGUUUAGCUCAAUCAACACCAUUUAUGGUAUAAUGUUGAUUACCACAAAAAAAUAUUUUGACUCGCCAAUCAUUUAUGAAAAAAAUACAAUGGAAGUGAAUGGACUCAGUCCAGAAAUGCUAAAAUACACACUUUUAAAAUAAUAGCCACAAAACGUAAAUAGUAUACAUGUUAACAUGAUUUUAGUGUGAUAAAAUCGGUUAUUAACCUUAUCUUUGUAAAGUUAUAUCCAAUACCGGGAUUGCAAGGUUUCGUUAUCAUGACUACAAAGUUGUAAUCUAGGAUAAAACUAUACAAAGAUAAGAUUAAAAAGCAAUUUUGUCACUAAAAUUGUUAACAUGUAUUUAUGUUUAUGGACUGGUCCCAUUCACUUCCAUUGUAAGUGCCUCACAGGAACCAUGAUUUUUGCUUUUUUUAAAUAAAAGGAAGGAGUUAAAAUAAUGCUUUGUGGUAAUCAACAUUAUGCCACAGAUGCUGUUGAUUGAGCUUAACUUGUAUUGAACCCAGAGUAUUCCUUUCAAAAAUGACUAAAAACACAAAAUGCACUCAUGCAAGAAUGCUCUUAUUAUUAAUGACAGCUAAAAAUGUUAUUAGAGACCAGAGAACGAGAGAGACUGACACAGCUUAGUUGCAUGAUACACACUAAGAAGAAUUAGUCAUAACAAACAUGUUUGGCAACACUUUGUGUUAGUUCAGUGUAAGUACCCGGGAAUCCACCUUGGUGUGGCUCAUAAGCUGCUGAAAUCUGGGCUUUCUACAGUGAUUAAAAAGACAUUCAGCUUUGCCGCAAAUCGGUUGUGCCUUGUAAGAACACACACUUUGAUCAUGGCUCUUCUUCUACAUUUACUUUGGUGUGGAUGUGAACUGAAGCAUCCUGUCAUGCAUGUUGUUGCCCUUUGGAAUGUGUGCUUCUGGCAACAGCUGGAGCAAACUUGACCCUGUGUACUUUGGCUUGUUCACUACAGGAAGAAUUACUCAUGAGAAACUAAAAGACAAAUAAAGAAACUUUUUUCCUCCAA